AUGGCGCCGCCGCCGCGGGAGCUGGUCAGCGACGUCAUCUCUGAGAUCCUCCUCCGUCUCCCGCCGGACGAGCCCGAGUGCCUCUUCCGCGCGGCCCUCGUCUGCAAGCCAUGGCUCCACACCAUCUCUGACCCUGCCUUUGUCCGCCGCUACCGCGCCUUCCACGGAACCCCUCCUCUCCUCGGCCUCGUCGACACGGACCCGAAAAUCAACAGGGGCUGGUCUUUCCGCCUCGUCCCCACCAGAGCAGUGCCCGCCUUCCCUUUUCCGGCGCCCGACGCCCGUUGUGGGCUGCCCCUCGAUUGCCGCCACGGCCGCGUCCUCCUGGAAGUAAGGUACAUCUGCAACGCUGCUGCGGUGUUCUGCGCUGCCGCUGGCUGCAAACACCUCGACUGCCACGACGGUCCCUUCUGUGUGGUCUUAAUGAUCGGAGACUGCUCAACUAAUUCAAUGUUAGCAACAUUUUAUUCGUCGGAGAUAGGCGCAUGGAGCGAGGAAGCCACAUGGCAAGGCAUUGGUGCCCGUCAACUCUACGGGCGUGGUGCCCUUAUUGGAGAUGAAAUCUACUUCAUGCUAUCAGGGAAUACUGGAAUUAUCAAGUAUGACUGGGGGAAGAAUUGCUUGUCUCUGGUUAAUCCCCCGCCAUCGGCAGUGUACAACAAUCGGGUUACCCUCAUGAUGAUGGAGUGUUCUCUUGGGCUCGCUGGCAUUGAGCAUUCCAGUCUUUAUCUGUGGUCCAGAAGGGUGAGUUCAGAGGAAACUGCAGAAUGGGUACAGUGCAGGGUCAUUGAUCUGGACACAAUGAUGCCUAUGGCAAAUCCGAGUGAUGGAGCAUCUGUGUUUGGCUUCGCAGAGGGUGUGGAUGUCAUCUUCGUCAGAACACUUGUUGGAUUAUUCAUGAUGGAGCUCAAGCCAGGGCGAGUGAAGGAAAGUUCACAAGAUUAA